AUGAUUCCAGAUGGAUCAGAGGCCACUGUUACUUAUGUUUUAAAAAUUGUAUGUAAAAAUAACAAAGCUUCCAUGGCUAGUUUUGAUAAUGGCUUAAUUAUCACACCAUGGCAUCCAAUAGGAAUUAAUAAGAAAUGGACAUUUCCACAUGAUAUUGGAGAUGAAAGCGUAAUUGAAUGCUCAGAAGUGUACAAUUUCGUUCUUGAUAGUGGUCAUAUUAUAUUUAUUAACGGUAUCGAAUGUGUUACGUUGGGACACGAUUUUAAAGGCGAAGUGAUCGAACAUCCAUACUAUGGAACUACCAAAGUUUUGGAUGAUCUACGUGUACUUGAUGUUUCCAAUGAAAGUUUCAUUGAGUUAUUACCGAACUCAAUGGUUUGGAAUAUUGGAACAGGCCUCGUAUCAGGGAUGCGUAGAAACAUCGCGGCGUCUAAUUUUAAACAGCUUUCUAGUUAG